UCGAUAUCUAACGGAGAAUCAAAACAAAAUUUCCAUGCUACCAAACAAAACCAGCUGCUAUUAAGUAAUCCAUGUGCAACUUCUAACUGUUUCAGGCCGAGAGAGACAGCAACAACUGAAUCGAAACAAAUCCCAAAUCAAAAUCAGAAGGCGUUACUGUUUUGUUGAUCCCUUAUUUGAUUUCGAUGCUUUUUGAAAUCUCCGGUUUAACAAUGGAUGAUCAAGAAGAAGGGACUCAUGAUUUUUCGACCAUGGGAAUUCAUGAAUACUGUUAAGAGUUUUGUAACUAUGAUGGUAGGAGAUAAGAGACACAUAAAGCCUCUGUUGGUGAGAUUCGGGGUGGCUCUAGCUCUCUCUUUUGCUGGAUUUCUUUAUUCUCGGCUUAGAAACAAGAUGGUCAAACCUUAUUUGCCUCCUGUUUCACCGCGUUCUUCAGAUCAUAGAACUGAGGUUGAUGAUUCAGGAGCAAAUGCUUGGCAAAGCAAUGAUCUUCAUUCCCCAAAGACAAUAUCUGGUUCUGGCCAUGUUGUAUCAGUUGCAUCUGAAAGAUUUGGGGAAGAGAUACACAUUCAGAGAAGCAGCGUUGACAAUUCUAUGAUUGGUCUUUCCCCAAGCAGCAGACACAGUGGAGAUGGGUACCUCUUGCCAGAGUUUAAUAAUCUUGUGAAGGAAUUUGAUUUUGCUUCCACAACUUCUGGGCUUUCUCCUAGGAAAGGUGGAGAGACACCUAGGUCAGAUAUAGCUACUCCAAAAGCAUUUAAAAGUGCUGAAAAGGAUGAGUAUGACUAUGAGCAAGAGAUCAAGGACCUGAGAAAUGUUGUGAGAACACUUAGAGAGAGGGAGAGGAAUCUUGAGGUUCAGUUGCUAGAGUAUUAUGGCUUAAAAGAACAAGAAACAGCAGUUUUGGAAUUACAAAACCGCUUGAAGAUAAAUAAUAUGGAGGCUAAGCUUUUCAUGAUAAAGAUAGAAUCCUUACAAGCAGAUAAGCAAAAAUUAGAGGCUCAAGCUGCCGAUCAGGCAAAGAUUGCAUCUGAGCUUGAAGCUGCUAAAUCAAAAAUUAAAUUUCUCAAGAAGAAACUUAGGCAUGAAGCUGAGCAGAACCAAGAACAACUCUUAAACCUGCAGAAAAGGGUUGCUUGGUUGCAAGAACAUGAACUAAAGGCAACUGCAAGCGAUCAGGAUAUUCAAUUUAAGUUGCAAAGGCUAAAAGUUUUGGAAGGUGAGGCUGAUGAAUUGAGGAAGUCAAAUAAGAGACUGCAGAUAGAAAAUUCUGAAUUGGCUCGGAGGUUGGACUCAACACAAAUCCUGGCAAAUUCUGUUUUGGAAGAUCCUGAGACUGAAGCACUAAAGGAAAUGAGCAAUUGCUUGAGGCAAGAAAAUGAAGAGUUACAGAAGGAAAUUGAGCGUCUCCAAGCAGAUAGAUGUGCUGAUGUUGAGGAACUUGUCUAUCUUAGAUGGAUAAAUGCUUGCUUACGAUAUGAGCUGAGGAAUUUUCAGGCCCCUCCUGGUAAAACUGUUGCCAGAGACCUAAGUAAAAGCCUGAGCCCCAGGUCUGAAAGCAAAGCAAAGAAGCUAAUACUUGAAUAUGCUAAUGUUGAUGAGAUUGGAGAAAGAGGUGUCAGCAUCACAGAUACUGAUUUUGAUGAUUGCUCAUCCUCGCACACUUCCUACGUUACAGACUCUGGAGAUUUGGAUGAUACUUCUGUUGACAAUUCAACUCUUACAAGAACCAACAGUUCAAGCAAAACAAAAUUUUUAAGCAAGCUUAGGAAUCUCAUACGGGGAAAAGGCAGCGGGCGCCAAUCUUAUAGCCAGUGUUCAUCAGCAGGCAAAAUUGAUCCUCCAGAAGAUAUUGAGUUCCACAGUCGCAGUCCAAGUGUAGGAAUCGAAACUGUGUCUUACCAUCAAAGUAAUAGUUGCAGAUUUCCAUCUCCUCAGAUUCCUCCAAGUAUCUCCUUGAAUGACAAAAGAUCAAGGAGUCUAAGCAUGGAUGAUGUUAAAGAUGUCAAAAAUGUCGAGAGAAAUAGUGAUAUGAGCUCCUCAUAUGCAUAUAAAAGAUUGGAUGAUGUUCCUGAUCUGGCACACUACAGUCAGCUUGAUCAGCACUCGGAUUCCAUUCAGAUACCGGACUUGGUGAAGUUUGCAGAAGUUUUACAGAACAAUCGGCCUCCAAAAGGAAAGCACAAGAGAUCCUCAUCUUUUGUAUAAGUUAGCACAUUGUGAUGUACUUUUUUUUUUUUUUGUACAUCGGAGUAGUUAGCUAUUUGAAAUUAAAGGGGUUGGUAGUUACCAAUUCAAUCUAGCUCUUAUUGGUUGCUAUAUGCUUAUUUAUUUAUAUGCCAUACUUCACCAAACCUUCUUGUUUGGGCUUUGUAACAAUUACAGAAGAAAUCAAUGAAAAAUAAUUCC